CACAGUGAUGCAGUCUAUUCACGGCUCCAUCUGAGACCUUACGAUCAACCAUGGUCAACACUUCUUGAAGGCUUCAGCUCUCCUCAGCUUUUGGGACUCCGCUUGGGCUGAUCUUGCCCUAUACUUGAUCUCCUUCGUCCCUUGCGACGACAAUGGAGACGACUCUGCUCAAUCACUAUAAGCUACCCUCGCUUGACCCGUCAGAAUGGCCGGCUGAUAAAGAUUUCGAGGACAGCUCAGAUGAUGAGCCGGUCUCAUCAUCUGUUGGCGUGCAAAAACGUGCAUCAAAGUCCCGAUACUCGGCACUGAACCGUAAUGCCACGCUUCGAUCAAGCGUACCUGGUGCCGAGAGGAGCAAAGAUGGAAAAGAAAAUCUAGUGCAAAAGGACGAACCGGAUCCUUUGGGCGGAUCUCAGAGUGUUAUACAAGUAUUGCGACUUCGGGGCUUGCCAAUUGAAGAUGACUGGAAGCUGCGAAAUCGCUUUUUGCUAUCUUCAACGACGUUUUCACCGCCUAUGUUUCUGUCAGAAGUUCAUAACCGUGCAUCGACCGAUGAUUUGCUACGCGGUCUGGAGUUCCUGUCACAGUCUAUCGAGAAGAAGUCUGCGUCGCUGAAGGUCCUCGUUGAAUCGAACUUUGAACGCUUUGUCAAGGCUAAAUCUACCAUAGAUAAUGUAUACAAGGAGAUGAGAGAGCAUGGUCAGGAUCUAGAGAAGCCGAGGUCCCCAGGAUCGCACAGCAGGGCACACUCCCGGCAGCUUAGCAGAAACAGUGUACACUUUCGACGCACAAGCGGCAACCAGUCCUUCAGCCCGGGUCUAACAGUGGAUACAAACUAUAACCUGAAAAGAAAGAAUGCUUUAAUCAAAGAAUCGGAUUAUGGCGUUUUGCCUAUCAAAGUCCCCUUGCUGGAACUAAGCACCAAAGUCGAGGAAUUAUGGGGCCCUGCUUUGGGUGGUCGGGAGAAGGAGGAGAGCCUCAAAGCGGUUCUUGCCUGUGUUGAGAAGAAUCGAUCUUUGUUCGAGCUCGGAACCGUCGUCAGAGACGCCAUCAAACGACGGGACAACGAAGCGCUGGUAGAGGCCUACAAGUCAGCGAAGGAUUAUGCAGAUCAGGCUAGGAAAAUUGUGGACAGUGCGGUUGCAAGUCGUACUUCCUUGAAAGAUGCGGAUCUCCACCAAGUCAUUGUAACAGCGCGAAUGUGGGCAGAUAUUGAAGAGCAGAUCGAAGUCUUCAAACGUGACGUAUGGCGCAGACUUGCGGGCACGCAUUUCUCCAAGCAUGAUUCGGAACCAAUGCGCAAGCAAGACGAGCAUUUGGAACUGAUCAGUAUUCUUCUAGAGCUUGGGGUGGACGACAAUCCAAUCAACAUUUGGCUGAUAAGUCGGUACGACUUCUUGAAGACCAAGAUCGACGCUGCAUUUGAAAGGAUGAAGGUUGAAGUUGAAAUUCUUCGAAGGCAUGUUUCAAACGAUAAUCGUCCAACAAAUUUUCAAAUGGCUAGUUAUCUGCGCAAUGCUACUCCGGAUGGAAAACUGAGCAAAACAGACGGUAUCGACGCUCCACGAAUUAUUGAAAUCUGGGAACAUAUACAAGGAAUGCUUGACUCUAUUCUAUCCACUAAUGGUGGAAUCUUGGGUGAAGUCAUUGAAUUCUGGGAGACCGCUCAGGGCUUCAUUGAUGGUCGGACGCAGCGCACACUUCCCAUUGGCAUUGAUGGCGACAGCCGUAAGCAUCAUCGUCUGUCGACCGAUGGCGUUAAGCACUUAACUAGCGGUGCACUUGAACUAGUCAUGAAGAUUCGGGAGGAGUUGAGGGCCUUCUUCGCAGAGCCUCCGCCAGAAGAUCUAUCUCUUCUGCUGUCACCUUUGCCUCCCGACUCGCCCAUGACGCCUAACUCUAAUGUGUUAUCGCCGAGUGCGCUUUCACCAGUGUGGAACAAAUUUGAUCCGACCAAACUUCCUCCUCCUUCACCUCGCAGAGGAGAAUCGUGGGAAAAGUACGGAUUUUGGCCACCCUACGCGAGUUCAAUAAGCGGUUCUUACUACCUAAGCAAAUUCUUAGCUAUGAUCGGCACAGCUUCUUGUGAGAUGGCAGGUCUGAGUGUUGUAAAGGCCGGUCGUAACAACGUAGAUGACAUAAAAAAGACGCUUGGAGAAAUUCGUGAGCGAUGUCUAUCGGCUACGUUAGCGGCAUGGUCUCUAGACUCCGAAAACUGCAGAAUGCUAGAAGAUUGGACACGCUCGUCUGAAAGGCACGACCUCACAAACAUGCCGGUGCGAUUCCGCAAUUUCCAAGGGUUCUUGCUAUCAAAUAUACAGCAAAUCAUGUACAUAUCUGAGGCCUCUCGUCGAUCGGAAACAUCUGAUGUCAUUGUACCACCUUCAACAAAAUUACUGCAAGGUGUUAGGUCCCAAUUCGUAGCGAGCAUCUAUCGAGCACUACGUGGCAUGGUACAGAAUGCGGAAAGUCCGGAAAAGGGUGAAGGGACCUGGGACACUGAUGCAGACGGUCUCAUAGUCAGGCGCAAUAUUGAUGAAGCUCUUGACGGAAGCUCAAGACAUCUCGAUUCGUCUAAUAAGAAGAUUCGCAUACUCAUUACGCUAAGUAAUGUGCAAAACCUCCGCAACGACAUAAUUCCUCACUUGAUUGCCCAGUUUGAGACAAACUUUAGCGUGCAACUCACCGAUGAAUCAAAGUCAAUACAAGAAGCACUAGGCAAGAUCGACACGGAUCUUUUCCGCUUCUACACCGAACCAAUCACCAAAAAGCUAGAGAGUAUCAUAAAGGAGAGCAUAACCUCACCAUCAUGGGUGCCUUCACCAGAAGCACCUCGGCCGGAAGACGCAAAACCCUACGUGUACGAAGCAUUACUCCAACUUGUCCUUGUUCAUUCAGAAGUCAGCACAACUGCGUCACCGCUCACCUCGCCCAUUCUCAAGCAUCUUCUCGAGGCCAUAUCUGAGUUUCUCAUGGACGCCUUCAAAUCGCGGUCACAAUAUUCGCUCGCUGCCCUUCGACAGGCCACCCUUGAUGUAGAAUUUUUGGCUCAGACCAUGAGCAAUUACACAACAGAUAAGGCAAGUGCAACUCAGAAUGCAAUCUAUGUUGCUCUGGACGAGCGAACCGACAACGAGGCUCGGCUUCAGCUUCAAGGAGAACUUCAAGAGAUGAGGAGUGCACUUAAAAAGCUCAGGGAAAAGACUAGGACAGAGUUCGCUUGUUUCAAGCGCAACAGGAGCGAAACGGUGAGCUCGAGGGGCGGGAAGAGGGAAUAAGAAAUGGCCAGCAUGCGUGACUACGCAAUACCCCCACUUUCUCAAGUUUUCACUCAAGACUGUCCCCUUUCACAAGUCGAAAUGCAUUGUAAAGAUCGGACGGACCACAUAUCCUAGGUUUGAUACCAUACGCUCAGGAAUUCUUGUCAAGUCUUUGGGGCAUAUUCUUGUGUAGAAAUGCCAAUCGAACUAGGAUUUUCGCUUCCUACGUGCUCCAGAGUGUACUUCGUGCAUCAUCAGGGGUUGAAUUCUUAGUGUUUGACAUUGUGUCAUGGAAUAGCUAUGGGCCGGAAAGUUGCCGGCGACUCAACCGUCUAUCUACGGGCAGUCCAUGAUCCCAGUCCUUUCAAUUAUUUAGAAAGGAAUCUUUCUGCCUUUUUGACAGAUCCCGUGGUCUGAUAUGCGAGCUUCUGAUGAUUCGACGCUGCUGCCUGGACAAUUGUAGGGUCAAUUUGAUGGGAAGCCAAAACAUUCUAACCCAAACAAUCCACGCGAUCCAAACCUUGUGCGAGGAAUGGUGAUCAGAUAUUAGUCUACUUUGAAUGUAAACAGCUUCAAGUGAAAUUACGCGCGCCUUAUUCUCAAUGUCGAUACUCUG